UCGUGGCCUAAAAGAUAUGAAAAAAAUUACCAAUGGCGUCCCGUAUACCUUUACCGCGAGAAACAAUUAUAGACCUCUAGAAGUGCGUUGUCUCGUCAUUCACAUGAAUAUCUACUUAUUUCCAAGUUUUAAAGCUGAGAUCUUGAGAAAACGGAAGUCAUAAAAAAUUAUGUUCGCUUCGUGUAUGUUACGCGCAGAGGAUCUCCCAAAUCCCACCCCUCUUGACUCAACCCGUGCUCGCCCACCUGUCCUGGUGAAACAGGAUAGGCCACCUCACCGGGCUACCAGUAAUCCUUCAAUCAUAAAAAAAGGAUCUUCCACGAAAAUAGUCUCAUGGAUUAUUUAUUAAGCAGAACAUACGCUUUCAUCAGCUCGACCUUAAAACAUUACGCCCGUGACUAAAUUUUCUAGUGAAUUUUCAAUAAAAAUAAAGUACAAUUACCACUAUUUAACAAUCAAGUGAUCAAUGACAUUUAAUAAAAUAUGUAAUUAAAUCAUUUUUUUUUGUUAUACGGAUCCUCUGUUGUAGACAUGAGAUAAUAGGUCAUUAUUAACGAUCACUCCGCAAUUAUUUGUUUCUCUGUUAUCAUAUGAACUUGAAGUAAAUACGAUGACCUUUCUAUCAUUACUUCAGACGCUUUUGUGAGCGCUACAUGUUGUGUACAAUUUAUGUCAUUUGUUAUUAAUAAUGCAGAGAUUUUUAAAAGGAAAGUUAAUGAGUAGGAGUACGAUCGAUGGUUUUCAUAAAACUUAUUUCGAAAAUAAAAUGCUAAGUGCCAUUCGUCAUGUUACAACACAAAGUACUCGUUCUGAUACAUUAUUCCCAGAUAGAGUGGACUUCCCGAGUAGACACAUUGGCCCAAGGGAUCAGGAUAUAGUUACUAUGUUAGAUUUAUUAGGAUACAAGAGUUUAGACCAGUUAACCAAUGAUGCAGUACCAAAGAAGAUUCAAUUCCAAGGUCUUAUGAAUAUCAGUGAGCCCAUAAGUGAAUACGACCUAAUAGAACGGGUUAGGUUGAUAGCUGAAAAGAAUGAAAUAUGGCGAUCUUACAUCGGAAUGGGUUACCACAAUUGUUGCGUACCGCAUGCCAUCAUGAGGAACAUGUUUGAAAAUCCCGGAUGGACUACACAAUAUACGCCGUAUCAGCCAGAAGUCGCACAAGGUCGACUUGAAAGCUUGCUUAAUUACCAAACGAUGGUUAGUGACAUGACUGGAUUGGACGUUGCUAAUGCUUCCUUACUGGAUGAGGGUACGGCUGCUGCCGAAGCACUUUCACUGUGUCACAGGCAUAACAAACGAACAAAGUUCGUCGUGUCCGAACGAUUGCAUCCCCAGACGCUAGCUGUAGUGCACACUAGAAUGGAUGCGCUGGGCUUAGAUGUUCUGGUAGUUCCUGACGUGCGGCAUGUGGAUUUCGCCCAGAGGGAUAUUUCCGCAGUGCUCUUACAAUGCCCUGAUACUAGGGGCCUAGUUUACGACUACUCAGGCCUAGCAGCCGCCGCCCAUGAGCACGGGACAUUGGUGGUAGUGGCUACAGAUCUCCUGGCGCUCGCAUUAAUUAGACCCCCUGCGGAAUGCGGGGCGGCUUUAGCUGUGGGCACCUCACAAAGACUGGGAGUGCCUAUGGGAUACGGAGGACCUCACGCUGGUUUUUUCGCAGCAGAACAUCAACUAGUUCGUCUCAUGCCCGGCCGAAUGGUCGGUGUCACUCGAGAUACUACAGGAAGGGAUGCUUAUAGGCUAGCCCUACAAACUAGAGAGCAACACAUCCGACGUGAUAAAGCGACAUCUAAUAUUUGUACCGCCCAGGCGCUCCUGGCGAACAUGUCUGCCAUGUAUGCGGUUUACCACGGACCACAAGGUCUAAGAGAAAUAGCAACUCGUGUGCACAAUGCAACAUUGGUGCUAGACCAUGGUAUUAAGAUGCGCGGUCACAAACAAUCAAACGAUGUUUACUUUGACACACUCUAUGUAGUGCCUAGUCCAGAUCAUGAUGCGAGUGCCAUUAAAGCUAGAGCGGAAGAGAAGAAGGUUAACCUCAGGUAUUUCGAUGAAGGCGCGGUGGGAGUCGCUUUGGAUGAAACGACCACAAUGAAGGACAUUGAAGAUUUACUUUGGAUAUUUGACUGCAAAAACGUACAAGAGGUGGCGCAAACCGAAGAUAUCUUGUCUAAGAGUGUAUUGAAAGGUCCAUUCAGAAGGACCUCACCGUAUCUCACUCACCCUGUGUUCAACAUGCACCACUCAGAAACGAAGCUCGUGAGGUACAUGAAACGUCUCGAAAACAAGGAUAUAUCUCUUGUACACUCCAUGAUACCGCUUGGUUCCUGUACAAUGAAAUUGAAUUCCACAACCGAGAUGAUGCCUUGUUCGUAUAAGCAUUUCACGGACAUACAUCCUUUCGCUCCAUUGGAGCAAUGUCAAGGAUAUCAUACACUGUUCGAGGAACUUGCUAAUGAUCUUUGUGCUAUAACAGGAUACGAUCGGGUGUCUUUCCAACCCAAUAGUGGGGCCCAAGGCGAAUAUGCGGGGUUGCGCACAAUAAAGCGCUACCACGAGUACCGCGGGGACGCAGGACGGAACAUUUGCUUGAUCCCGGUGAGCGCGCACGGCACCAACCCGGCCUCCGCGCACAUGGCCGGCAUGCGCGUCUGCGCCAUACGGGUCACGCCAACUGGUGACAUCGAUAUGGCUCAUCUUAAGGACAUGGUGGAAGAACACAGUGAGAAAGUUUCGUGCCUAAUGUUGACUUACCCAAGUACUUUCGGCGUCUUUGAAGAAAAAGCGGCGGAUAUAUGUGCCCUGGUGCACGCACACGGAGGUCAAGUCUAUUUGGACGGUGCCAACAUGAAUGCGCAGGUCGGUUUAUGUCGUCCUGGAGAUUACGGCAGUGACGUGUCUCAUCUCAACCUCCAUAAGACGUUCUGUAUUCCACAUGGUGGCGGCGGACCUGGCAUGGGACCCAUUGGAGUAAAAGCGCAUCUCGCACCGUUUUUACCAUCGCAUCCUGUUGUCGAUCCGUUGGCCGAUUUAGGAGACGCGGCUCAUAGCUUCGGUUCAGUCAGCGCCGCGCCAUUUGGCUCGUCAGCUAUUCUACCUAUAUCUUGGGCUUAUAUUAAGAUGAUGGGUCCGAAAGGACUGAGGCGGGCAACGCAAGUAGCCAUUCUCAAUGCAAAUUACAUGUCUCGAAGAUUGGAAGAUCAUUAUAAGACGCUAUAUAAAGGGGAAAGAGGCCUCGUUGCUCACGAAUUCAUUAUCGACGUAAGAGAUCUCAAGAAAACAGCCAAUAUUGAACCUGGAGAUAUUGCUAAACGACUUAUGGACUUUGGAUUUCAUGCUCCAACAAUGUCUUGGCCAGUUGCGGGGACGCUUAUGAUAGAACCGACAGAAUCCGAAGAUCUACAAGAAUUGGACCGUUUCUGCGAUGCUCUAAUUACCAUCAGAAAGGAAAUUAAAGAUAUCGAAGAUGGUCUUAUUGACAAAAGAUUAAAUCCAUUAAAGUUGGCUCCACAUACGCAAGAAGAAGUUAUCUCAGAAGAAUGGAAUCGUCCGUAUACCAGGGAGCAAGCUGCUUUUCCAGCGGUAUGUUUAGUUUUUCUGCUUCGGAAUUUUGGUAUAUUUUUAUUUAUGUAUUUAAAUGUUUUGUGUUUCCAGCCAUUCGUUAAAGGAGAGACCAAAAUCUGGCCGACGGUUGGUCGUAUUGAUGAUAUGUAUGGUGACAAACAUCUUGUUUGCACGUGCCCCCCUGUGAUCGAUGACUUUUAACUUUUAAGGAAUGUUGACUAUGAUAGAUAGGUGUUUAUAGAGAUUUCAAUACACAUUAUCUAAAAGAAGAACAUGGGAUUUUUAAUAAUAAAAUAUACAUUUAUAGCGAUCGCAUCGUAUUUUUAUUUAAUUAAAGUUAUUGUAUUUUGUAUUAUAAAUGAAAUGUAAUAAAUAAAGCAAUCGUCAUUUUGC